AUGGUAUCUGUAGCAACAACCCCUUUUCUCGCUCACGCCCUCAUCGAAACUCCCGCUGCUCUCACCUUUAUCCUCAAACCAUCAACUCAACUACAACCACUUCCUCCAUCCGCAGCUCUAAUCGUUCAAUCUUUUGGUGGUUGUAUUCUCGCCACAAAUCUCGUUGCUCUCGUCUUUCUCCGUCGAGAUUUUGACAACGUUGCGCAAAACGUCGCUCUCGCUUUUGCGUUUUGGCAUAUCUGGCCUUGUUAUCGCGCUUAUAUGCGCAUGAGUGGUUAUACAAAGGAAGAGGGAGCUACAACUACGAAAACACUAGGAGGACCGAUGGUGCAUCUUGGAGUUCACAUUGUUCUUUUGACUAUGUUUCUUGGAACCUGGUUAUUCGGCAAUGCUUAA